AUGGGCCACGAUGCUGCUCAACUACAGCUCCACUAUCGAGUACAUCAAUGCAAGGGAUUUCAGCCAAGUGGACGCUCUUGUACGCCUCGUCUCGUCACAAUCAUCGAUACCGGGGUCUACGUAAUCGCCUCAAUAGAUGCUGAUGUCACUUCUGAGUUCUCAGAGAACUGUCGUCAUCUUCCAGUGUCCGCCGAAUUCAUUUGGACUGCUGAUCGUCUUAUCCAGCUUGUGGUCAACUAUACGAAGUCCGGAAACUGGCCCAAGGUCAACUCCCAUUCUCCUCUGUGGCGCUACUACAACCGUAGAAAUACUAUGACGACUGUCAAAGGAUGUCUGCUCACUGCAUCCCGCAUAGUGAUUCCAAAAGCACUUCGACAUCGUGUUCUUUCAGCACUACACAAAGCUCAUCCAGGCCAAACAAGGAUGCAAGAAGCUUGCAAGGAACUUUGUCUAUUGGCCUACGAUGGAUUCGGACAUCGAAAAACUCGUCAAGACCUGCCCAAGAUGUCCAGCCGUGGCAAAGGAUCCGAUCAAGUCUGA